AUGCUGCACCUCAAAGUCCAGUUCCUGGAUGAUUCCCAGAAGAUCUUUGUAGUUGAUCAAAAAUCCUGUGGGAAAGGGCUCUUCAACCUCACCUGCAGCCACCUGAACCUCGUGGAGAAGGAGUACUUUGGGCUGGAGUUUCACAGCCAGGCUGGGAACCAGGUCUGGUUGGAACCACUAAAACCCAUAACAAAGCAAGUGAAAAAUCCUAAGGAGGUUCUUUUCAAAUUUAUGGUGAAAUUUUUCCCAGUGGACCCUGGCCACCUGAGAGAAGAACUGACCAGGUACCUCUUCACCCUCCAGAUCAAGAAGGACCUGGCCCAGGGGCGGCUGCCCUGCAGCGACAAGAGCGCGGCGCUGCUCGUCUCCCACCUGCUGCAGUCUGAGCUGGGCGACUUCCACGAGGAGACAGACCAGCAGCACCUGGCCACGCACCGGUACCUGCCCAACCAGGAGUACCUGGACAACAAGAUCAUGCACUACCACCGGAGACACAGAGGGAAGACGCCGGCCGAGUCUGACGCUCAGCUGCUGGACGUGGCCAGGAAGCUGGAGAUGUACGGGAUCCGCCCCCACCCCGCCAGCGAUGGCGAGGGGACACAGAUCAACCUGGCUGUGACACACAUGGGGGUGCUGGUGCUGAGGGGCAAUACAAAGAUCAACACCUUCAACUGGUCCAAAAUCCGCAAACUGAGUUUCAAGAGGAAGCAUUUUCUCAUCAAGCUCCAUGCAAACAUCUCUGCGCUGUGCAAGGACACACUGGAGUUCACCAUGGCCAGCCGGGACACCUGCAAGGCCUUCUGGAAGACGUGUGUGGAGUACCAUGCCUUCUUCAGGCUCUCUGAGGAGCCCAAGUCAAAGCCCAAAGCCCUUCUGUGCAGCAAAGGUUCCAGCUUCCGCUACAGUGGCAGGACUCAGCGGCAGCUGCUGGAGCACGGCAGGAAGGCUAAGAUGAAGAGCCUGCCCUUCGAGAGGAAACACUACACGUCCCGCUACGAUGAGAGGCAGUGCCGCUCCUCCCCGGACCUCCUGACGGAUGUAUCAAAGCAGGUGGAGGAGCUGCGCCUGGCCUACGGCAGCCGGGGCUCCUACCACGCCAACGGCGUGCAUGGCUCCGAGCCCACCCUGGACAGCCGGCGCCGCAGCUCCACCAUGGAGGUGACCUUUGCUGCUGAGCUGGAGCGCUCCAAGCCCGAAGCAUCCCCCACCUUCCUGCCCCACUCCAAGAGCUCCUCUGCCUUCCCCCUGCUCUACGCCGAGCUGGAGAUGGAGCGGGCGUGGGAGCCCAUCGACCUCUUCGGAGCCAGGAAUCCCUUGACAUCCUUCCGGCCCCACCACCAGUUUGCUGGGAACAGCAAGAGCACCUCUGUGGGCAACAUGCGGGAGGUGAGCGCCCGGCAGCUGGUGUACACGGAUGUGCCCUGUCCCCUGCCCCUGGUGGCCCCCGCGCCCCCUGUGCUCUUCUAUCUGGACAGGGCACUGCAGCCCCCAUGCCCUGCACCGGCCCCCGGUGAGGACACAGCAGGACCGGCUGGGGCAAGCGGCCCUGUGGCAACAAAACCCCCCCGGCAGAGCCCGAGCGGGGCCCAGGCUGGGCAGCUCCAUGGUGAGGCAGCAGGCACGGCCGUGGGCACCAGCAUGGCGGGGGACAGCAGGUCCCUGGCUCGCUCCUUCGCUUACGGCCUGCAGGAGCAGCCUCCCAAGCGCUCCUGGAGCCAGUCGGACAUGAAAACCAUCCGCUUCCCCUACGGCUCGGAGUUCAGGCCCCUGGGGCCGUGCCCUGCUCUCAGCAGUCGCAGAGGGGGGGUUUUUUGGCACGUCCCAGCCCAGCAAGGGCUGGCACCGGGGCUGCGGCGCUGCCCCGAGCGGUACCUGGGCAGCAGCACCGAGUCCAGCGACUCGGACCCGGAGCUGCUGGGGGCUGAGCACGGCUCCCGCUACGGCCGCGUGCUGCGCUCGCCCAUGGCCCGCGUGCGGCUCUCCUCGGGCAGCCUCCAGCUGGAUGAGGAGGAUGAGGAGGUGUCCUUUGCCACCAGUGCUGCUGAGGAGAGGAUGUCCAGAGGGGCCUCCAAGUAUUUCACCUAGGUGCCUGACACCGGCCAGAGGGAGCGGAGGUGGCCGGUGCUGACCCAGGGUCAGAGAAUGGUGACACUCCUGGUGUGCAGGUCUGCUUACAGCUUAUGAAACAUUGAUGGGAUUGUUGUGUGAGUGCUCUUAGCUAUAGAGGACGUGUUAAUGGACACCAGGGGUGUGCUCAGAAGUAUUCAACCCCUGCACCACACUUGGAAGCUGGUUUGCCUCUGCCACUACAGUUUGAGGGGGGAUUCUUGUUUCAGCCAGAAGCCAGAGAUCUCCUAAAGCCCUGCUAAGCUUCUAUGUCCUGCCCAAACUGAUGCUUGGAGCUCAGCUGCUGGAGUCUUCAU